CACGUGUUUCUGCAAUUAAGUCCGAUCACUAAAGAAAUCGGGAGAGUUUCUCAGUUCGCAGAGCUCACUUCCGCAGAUCCUCUUUCCACGACGCGUUGAAUCCCCGGCGAGCGGCGGCUGACUCCCAUCGAAUCGAGAGGAUCGCGAGCGAAUCUUUUAUCAAUCUAUUCUCAUAUCUUGACUUCUUGCUACUUCAGCAGUAAUUUUUCUGGGUUUUGGUACUGCUGCAACUCCCAAGUAUGAGUCUGGCAUGCCUUGUGUGCCACAGUGCUGAAAGUCCAUCGCAUUCUUUUAGGAGUUAUUCUGUUUCUAGCUCAGAAAAUGAUGGAAGAUGCUCCGCGAUUGCCAAUUGCUUGGCCAUGAAGCCGUCUCUUCCUUUGCCUCCGACAAGAUCUGCCAUAUCGACAUCCAAAGUGACACCUCAGCCUGCUGGAAUUACUGGUCCACCACGGCUUGUACGGAGUCAUGCCGUCAGAAGGGAUCUCGUGAGGGAUUGGAACUUCGAUGAGGUUGUGACUAGGAUGGAACGCUAGAUACUUGGCGUCAAAUUCAGUAUAGCAGGUGCUCUUUAUCUUGGAACUGUGUUAUACUACUUAUUUUCCACGUAGAUUAGCUACGGAUAACUAAGUGAAUUUUCUGUGGGGAGGGUCUUCAGAUUUGCUAGUUGUAACGUUGUGACGGAAGUAAAUGCCCAACUUUAUCUACAUCUCUUGGCUUUCCUAUCUGGAUAGGUUUAAUUGUGAUUAAUAGUAUUCUAUUUUCCAAAAAUUGCUUAUGUAGAUGUCUCAGAGUAGUUGCAAGCAAGUAAUUGUCAUUGGGAUAAAAGGAUCAUCCUUCAUAGGAGUACUCAUCUUGUGAGUAUGGCAGUUUUCAAGCUAAUGACGCCUAAGAAUUUGCCUUGUGUAUUGUAUGUAUUCAUGAACUUGCAGUAUUCUUGGA